AUGCUGAAAGUUUAUGCUUGCCUGGUUUUGGCCUUUGUUCUGGCACAAGAGAACUUUGCUAUAGACGAGGAUUUGACUCAAAAUUUACUCAUAAAUAAUCGAAAUCGAGAAGAAAUUUUGAAAUAUUUGAACUACGUGGAACGGAGAGAUGUUCUGCUUGACGAGAAGCUUGCUUUAAUUUUGCGAGAGUUGAGUUUGGUUCCAGAGAAGAUUGACAUAAUGAAAAGUUGCUUGACUAUCAUCAACAUGACGAAGAAAGGGGUAACCGUAGAAGAGCAUUACGAAGUUGCACCCAAAGAGAAAUACUUCAGAACUGCUUGGAAAGCUGCUGAGAAUUGA